GGCGAGUUGCUACAGACGCGUUUUUAUACACUGGCGAUAUGUUAUGUUAUUUUGAGUGUUUACGCAGGAAAUUGAGGAGGAUAAAUAUGGCGUGUAUGUACAAAACUAUUAAUAGAAACGAUACAUGUUCACAUCAGGAUAAAUAAGGAGUGUGUUCCAACGAAUUAACGUUUUUUUUCUUCACUUUCAAUGAAUCAUGAACUGCUUACAGUAGAACUCAACAAAACAGUAAUUAUCACAUAGCCAGCUUAAUAUUCUACUUACAAACAUAUCUCAUAUCAAUUUUACUCAGAGCCGUUCAAUGUACAUUGUAUUGUUCAAGUAUUUCAUGUGAAGUUUAAUGUGAGCAUUGUGUUGCAAAACAACCCCAAACAACUUUGUCAGACACUGGAAAACGCCAAAUGCCUACCGCAAUGGAUAAAAACAAAAAGCGGUCUCUACGCAUCAAAAUCAUCAGCAUGGGGAACGCAGAGGCCGGAAAGAGUUGUGUGAUAAAACGGUUUUGUGAGAAGCGAUUCGUCCACAAAUACCUGGCCACAAUAGGAAUAGACUAUGGUGUCACAAGGGUAACUGUUAAGGACCGUGAUGUCAAAGUCAAUAUCUUUGACAUGGCUGGGCAUCCCAUAUUUUAUGAAGUUCGGAACGAGUUCUACAAGGAUACACAAGGUGCUAUCAUCGUGUAUGAUAUCUCGGACAGAUCAAGCUUCGAGGCUCUAGACUCAUGGGUCCAGGAAAUGCAAAAUGAAACUGGCAACCAGACAGACGUAGAAAAUGUGGUUGUUUGUGUCUGUGGUAACAAGACAGACAAGAAGCGGUCAGUGGAUGAAGUUGAGGGCCGUCUCUGGUCAGAGACAAAAGGUUACUUGUUCUUUGAAACGUCCGCCCAGACAGGGGAAGGUGUGACAGAAAUGUUUCAGGCACUAUUUGAUGCAGUGGUGGUAGCCGCAGAAAAUGGCGGUAAAAAGGCCCCUAUACAGACGCAGCUGGGCUACUCGAAGGAACAAGCAGAUGCCAUACAGAAACUGAAGUCUGCGAAAUCAGACUAUGAACGCCUGGGCCUGAUACCUGGGGCCACAAAGGAGGAUGUUAAUCGAGCCUACCGGAAGUUGGCAGUCUUACUCCACCCAGACAAGAGUGUGGCGCCGGGAAGUGAAGAGGCUUUCAAACUACUAGUAGCAUCGCGCACUGCUCUACUAAAACGCUGCUAACAGGAUUUUAGGACAUAUAUAUAUAGUCAUCUUUGUUAAGUUUGUUAAAACAAUUAUGCUAGCAGUGGAUAAGAUUUGGAAUUACACAGAUUAUAGUUGAAGGCGACAAAAUUGUCAAAUUAUCUAAUUAAAAAUAUCAUCAAAUCGUUAUCAAAUUAGUAGUGAAACCACCUGUAUGUUCUCGUAUCUAAUUUGAUAUAAUUGUUGCCCGGACGAGUUUUACGAUCUUAUAAAAAUCUGUCCAUUUCUGUAGUUCAGUAAAGGAGAUUUAUAAAUUCAUAAAAGGAAGAAACUUGACAGCUUAUUAUCAUAUUUGCACAGAAAUCAAACAUAUCACUAAUAGUAUUUAUUGCUGUCUGAUUAUUUUUACAUUUUUUUUUUUUGCUCAGAACGAAAACUACAAGGUUGUCAAAUGAUAGUGAUCAUUUAUUAUUCAAUCAGACCUUGCUUAAUUUGAGGUCGAAAUUGUGAUGUGUAGAAUUCCUGAUAAGGCCUGGAUGGAUAGGCCUGAUCAGCUGAUUUUAGGAGAGUCUACAUGGAAAAAAAUACACAAAUAGCCUUAAAUUAAAAUUUGAUGUAAAAUAUGUAAAAACACACACAAGAAGUUCGUUGUUCUACUGUUUUACACGUGAGAAAAUGUAAUAGGAUCAAAUUUUGAGUGCUUCUUGACGAACGACAGUCGACUGCUACUUGAUUUUGUCCAAAGGACAUACAGACACUUCCGUUUGUGAUGCUCGCGCAUAACUCAGUUCCGGUAUCAGACAUAUGGUUUAGUUAUCUUUUUUUAUCAAGUUGUCUGAUAUUCUUCCAAAAUAAAAUAGGCAUGCGUACACAGAGACUGAAAACAUAUCGCCUCGGCG